GGUUUAGUUGAGUUGAAUUUACAUUAGAAUUAUGUCAUACAUCGUGAUGUAAAUUUUUUCACGCUUUUAACCGGUUAGUCGGUCUGCAAAAGAAAACGUUGGUUCCUAUAACUUUAGUACUUGUCUCUGAUACCUCGCAAAUAUGGAUGAUCAAGCUUGCCCAAGAUGCAAAACUACCAAAUACCGAAAUCCAUCAUUAAAAAUGAUGGUGAACGUUUGCGGACACACUUUGUGUGAAAGCUGCGUUGACUUGUUGUUUCUUAAAGGUUCCGGAUCUUGCCCUGAAUGUAAAAUUCCUCUGAGAAGAGCAAACUUUCGCGUACAAUUAUUUGAGGAUCCUAUGGUAGAAAAAGAAGUAAACAUAAGGAAAAGGAUACUGAGAGACUUCAACAAGAAGGAAGAGGACUUUGGAUCAUUAAGGGAGUUCAAUGAUUAUUUGGAAGAAAUUGAAACCAUAAUAUACAAUCUGGUUAACAAUAUUGAUGUAAUAGAAACAAAUAAAAAAAUAGAACAAUACAAAAAGGACAACAAAGAACAAAUAACAAAGAGUAAAUCUAAACUUGGUAGAAGCGAAUAUGAACUGGAAGAGAUGAUAGAAUUGGAAAAGCAGAAAGAGGAAGAAAAAAGAUUAGAGUUAGUAAAACAAGAAAUGGAAGCUAAGAGGAAAAAGAUUCGCGAGAAAGAAGCAUUGAUAGAUGAGCUGACAUUUUCAGAAGGAAAUGCAAAGAACAUUGUGGAAACAUUUGCCUCUGCCAUACAAGCAUCAAAGAAAGAAGCAAAAGCAGUGCCUACUAAAGUCACUCAGUUUAGUACAGGUAUUAAAUUUGGCAACCAAGGAAGUCAAAGUUAUUUGCCUAUACCAAAGAUUGAAGAAGGGCCUCUGUUCUCUUACACUCCUAUUCGUCAAACAACUGAAGGUCCAAUGCCACCUGGCUGGCGAGAAUUGCAGUCUCGUGGUUACGUUACUCACGUUCGUUGCGAAUCUUCGUCAGAGAGGGCAGGAGGAUUCAAGGCACAUGUUGCAUGCUUAAGGGCCUUACAAGAAUCUAUGGCUGGUCUAUAUCAUAAUCCGUCACAACGCCAAGCAGAAUUCACAACUGUGUGA